AUGCUGCAGUUGGAGAAGGCGCUUGACUAUUGGAUAUUUUAUUAUUUCCAAUUUAGAACAUCAAAUUUAAGCAAUGGAUUUACUGAACCGCAUUGAAUAUUUAUACGAAACAGAAGCAUUUGUGAAAGAAUUCCUAAAGAUUUUUGAAUCAACGUAUCUGAAUAUUAUACAACAAAGAGAAAUAAUUAUCCUCAUCCAACAAACCCAGCCCUUGUUUUUGAUAAUGUAACAGCCUUUAACCAAAGAGCAAUUGUGAAGUUUCUUGAAACAUGAAGACCAACUAUAAUAGAAAGUAUCUUAUUUACAGCAAAGCAAGGCUUCAAUUUACUGAACCCAAAACUUUUGAUGCCUUGCCUCAUGAGAUUUGCACCUUCAUUGACAGGAACACUGAGCUUUGAAAAUUAUAUUUUCUCAAACAAACAAAUGAGUCUUCUACUAAACAGUGUUGGUCGUAUUUUCAUGAUUAAAUUCAAAUAAAUGAAUGCUUCAUACUGAUAAACUUAGACACUUCUCUCAUUCAAAGUCUCAACCAAGUGUUCUAUGGAUACAUGAAUGCUGUGAUAAGUACCUAAGCAACUGGAAAGAACACCCUGAGAGACUUGAAGGGAUUUUUAAGUUUAUCUCACAACAUUCUUCAUUUGAUAGGAUUUCAUCUGUUGAUUUCAUCUCUAAAUAUGAAGAGUGAAAAUUUAAUGCUUUAGCAAAAUAAAUAUCCUUUUAAAAGUGGAGAGAUAGUACUAAGAGAUCACUUUAUUUCAAACAGAGUUAAGAUAGACUCCCCGAUACAAAGAGAGAGAAGAGCAAGAGAAGAAAAGAAAUCUAGAAAGAAGUUCAAAAAUUGAUCAAUAUUUUAAGAGAUCGCAAAUUCAAUUGAGAACUAUUUUUUUUCUACUAAAAGUCUAAUACUUCUUUUUGUUCACGAAUAAGGCUUUAGAAAUAAUGCUCUUAAUAACUCACAAACCCAUUUCAUCCCUCAUUUUCUCACAUAAAAUUAAUUUUCCUCUACUGGCAUAGUUAAAACCUCUCAACCAAGCUCUAUAUUCCACCAAAAAUCACUUUCAUUCCUGCUAAAGUACCAAAUCCAACUAUAUUUAAGAUUUGAGAACUGCUGCAGUGAAUCUUUGAGCAAUUGGCAUGAGCAUCCCGAAAGAUUAGAAGCGAUAUUCAAAUUUAUAUGAAACUCUCAUCUUUCAAGUGGGAUAAAUUCACUAUUAUUUGUGUCCCAACUAGAAGCAUCUAUCUUUUAAACUUUAGCCUGGAAGUAUCCUUUUGAGAUGGUAAGAGUAGAAGUCCGAGCUUCAUCUGAUGCAAAUGGAAUUUGAAUUCAUUCUGAUCAAUAUGAAGAAAGCCAAUCGAGAAUUGAGCAUCAAGAGCAGAGCACUUGAUGGAGUUGUUCAAUAUUUUAAGUUGUAAUAAUGUUUGUGAAGCAAAACAUGUUAAAAACAUGCACU